AUGGCCAUUCAGUCAGUGAUAGUUGUUGGUGCCGGACCUAGUGGCCUACUUCUGGCCGUGUUGCUAGGCAAAAAAGGAAUACCAGUACAAUUACUAGAAGCGGCAUCACAGCUAGAUAAUCGUCCUAGGGCCACACACUAUGCGCCCCCGGCAACCUAUGAACUUCGCCGUGCUGGUAUUGUGGACAAAAUGAAAGCUCGCGGAGCAUUCAUUCCGACCGGUGUGUGCUGGCGCAAACUGAACGGCGAAUAUAUCACGGGCAUAGCUGCUCCUGGGGCGAAUGAUCCAAGCGAAGAAAAUCCACUGAUUUGCCUUUCUCUGGAUAAAUUGUGUGCGAUUCUCAAGGAAGAAGUGGACCAACUGUCGAAUGUUGAGCUUUUGCUCGGUCAUGCAGUUACCAAUGUUGGACAGGACGAAACAAAAGCCUGGGUGGAUGUUCGAAUCGAAAGCGCGAAUGACUCUGCCUCCACUAAACGGUUUGAAGCACAGUACAUCGUGGGCUGUGAUGGCGCGAACAGUCAAGUUCGGCGUUCGCUCUUUGGCGAUUUGGAGUUCCCUGGUUUUACAUGGAAUGAGCAGAUUGUGGCUACAAAUGCAUGUUUCCCUUCCUGUCAGGACUACUCGAUCACAUAUUAUCCAUUUCAAGAGCACGGCUUCGACCGAGAUUCAAAUUUUAUCAUCGAUCCCAAGCACUGGUUCAUGGCAGCGCGGAUAUCAAACGAUGGUCUCUGGCGGGUGACCUAUGGCGAAUUACCCGGUCUCACUUUCGACGAGCUCAAGGCCAGGCAACCGGAGAAAUUCAAAAGGAUGCUACCUGGACAUCCUGACCCUACCGACUAUAAGAUGGUCAACUUUAGUCCCUACAAGGUACAUCAGCGUCUGGCCAAACAGAUGAGAGUUAGGAGGUUUCUAUUAGCGGCUGAUGCUGCACAUUUAUGUAAUCCGUUCGGUGGUCUCGGUCUGACAGGUGGUAUCGUCGACGUUGGUGGUCUUUAUGACUGCCUAGUCGGGAUAUUCACUGGCCAGGCGGAUGAUUCUAUCCUAGACCUUUAUGAUUCAGUCCGUCGGGAGAAGUAUAAUACUUUUGUCAACCCCGUAUCAAGCGCGAAUAUACGACUUCUGUUUGACACAAAUCCAGAUACAGCAUUGCAGGAUAGUGAAGUGAUGAAACUGAUGAAAAAGGCAGAGACCGAUGAAGAAACUGCCAAGAUGAUGAAGAAUUCAACCUAUGCGUUGAUGUAUGACUUUACGCAGCAUUACAAAAAGUGA